AUGGCUACCUGCAGGAAAUUGACGAAACAGUUGAUGAAGGAAUUGCUGGAUUCCAUCGAUACAAUUCUGUUGGAUUGCGAUGGUGUUCUGUGGCAUUCUAAUAUCGCAGUCCCCGGUGCUGCCGAGACGAUCAAUAAACUCAGGUCGAUGAUGUACACAUGUCAUUUUUCUUUCCUGCAGGGCAAGCAACCUAUAUUUGUAACCAACAAUAGCACAAAGUCAAGACUUCAAUACCAGGAGAAAUUCACAAAAAUGGGAUUUAUAGUGUCCAAGGACGAGAUCUUUGGGACUGCGUACUGUGCUGCCCUCUAUCUGAAGCACAAGCUCAACUUCACUGGAAAGGUUUACCUGAUGGGGAUGUCGGGCUUGGAAGAGGAGAUGAAGCUUCAUGGUAUCGACUACAUAGGAACAGGGCCAGACAACGUUGAAGGUCAAAUUCUAGAUCAUCGGGCUGACAACGUAGUUCUAGACCCAGAUGUUAAUGGGGUCGUCGUAGGGUUUGAUCAAUACUUCAGUUUUAUGAAGCUUCUCAAGGCAGCGUCCUAUCUUAAGAGGCCCAACUCGGUUUUCAUCGGAACCAACAUCGAUCAGCAGUUCCCCAUGAGGAAUUCUGAACUCAUCAUGCCAGGCACAGGUUCACUAGUGCGGCCUGUAGAAGUUGCCUCAAACAGGACUGCAACGACUCUUGGUAAACCUAGCAAGUUCAUGUUCGAAUGUAUCCAAGAAAAAUUUGAUGUCAACCCUGAACGGACCAUAAUGAUUGGAGACCGCCUGAACACAGACAUCCUCCUCGGCAAGAACUGUGGACUGAAGACGCUGGCUGUUCUGACGGGAGUGACGAGUGAGGAAGAGAUCCUCGGUUACCAAGGGAGCGAGAAAGAGAAGGAGAGGGAAUUGGUGCCAGACCUUUACAUCGAGUCGAUAGGCCAUUUAGGGAAGCUUUUAGAUUAGAUAGGGUAGGGACGGUGUAGGUAGCGUCGCAGUACUGACGUUGCAUCUGUCCUUUACCUCUGGAAGGCUUUCUAAGAAAAGCAGAUGAAAGAUACUCACUGUAUACAGCUUGCAUUUCCAAACAAGUUCUGCAAGACAUAUAUGCUUUCUAGAGGAAGCAAUAGAUGUAUAGAUGAUCACUCUAGACAGGUGGCCUUUCUGGAGAGGUGGCCACUCUAAGGCUUGCACUGUAAUCGCAUGGCUUGUUCUGUUUUAAGGAUAAAGGUAGUCAGCAUUGCAGGUUUGAUCAACCAAUGGUAUCACUGCCAUAGGCACAUUGCAUCAUAUAUUUUUUUUUUUAUGGAGCAAAUAAUUUUGUUCCCAUAAUAUUUAUGGACAAAAACACUUGUCUUUCUACUUGAGUUCUGAAAUUGUGAAGUAAGAAAUCAUGGAAAAAUGAGGGUAUCAAGAUAAGCAAUGAAACAUGGGCUUGGAUAGAAAAUUGUAUUGUAAAAUGUCAUUUUUGAUCCAUGUUUGUAGGCUUGGGGCUCAGCAAGGCUUUAUAUCAUAGACAAAUUGUUAAAACAGCCAUAUGCUUCUGAAGAAUGUUUGACAUACACCUGUAGAUGUGCACAGAGUUUGUAGUAGGAGCUUAUUUUUGAUACUGUAAAGUUGUAAAGAUUGAUGUGAAUUUAUUAUUAAGAUGAAUGGCAAAAGAAAAAAUUGAACAGCGAAAUUGCUUUUUCAUAUGAAUGUAAUUUCUUUCCUUUUGUGGAAAAAUUAAGUACCGGUACGAGGAGAUUAUUUCCAAUGGAAAUUGGACAUUUCAGUGGCUGGAAAUAUUUUCUUGCAAAAUAGGUGAACCAUUUUCUUGUGCCUCAUUGACUCAUAGAUGUUAUUUUGUCAAAUAUAGGAUUAUUGUGAGGAAUGCUUUUAAUUGGUUGUAGAUAAUGUAUCUGGUUAAGGUUUGGGUAUAGCAAUUGAAGUUAUUAAUUUAAUUAGUUAAGUGUAAGAUAUUUACCACUGCUGCUAGAGAAUGUGUCAUACAUUGUGUCAAUCGAUAUGUUGAGGUCUCGUAGUUGUGUGCUUUUAACACUUUGACUAGAAAAGCAAAGAUCCCGAACACGGCACUAAUGUCCUUUAGCAAGGCAUUAAUCUAUGUUUGCCACUCCAUACCCAGGAGAGAUAUGGGGACCUGGUAGGAUGAAGAAAGCGUUUGUGUUAGUAAUUACCAUAUGCCGUCACGGUGACCAUAUGGGAGAUAAAUGAGAGAAACGGAUCAGUGAAAAAGAUGUACCGGGUAUCGUGCACAGAUUUCUAAUAGAUGUUAGCCGUGUAGAAAUUAUCUGUAUUUGAUGUGUGUGAGAUCGUUGUAAAGGACAUACAUGAUCAUGUACAUGCUGAAAUUAUAUUAAAGACGUAUGUAAUGAAAUACUAGUUACGUAACUUUUCAAAUAUA